AUGGGAUCAUUAACAUUAAGCGUUCAAAAGAAACAGCAUAGAGAGCGCUCGCAGCCUCUCGAGCGUCGCAAGCUCGGUAUGCUUGAAAAGAAAAAAGACUACAAGCUGCGAUCACAAGAUUACCAUGCAAAACAAGCCCAGCUCCAACUGCUGAGGAAAAAGGCUGAAGAAAGAAACCCUGAUGAGUACUACCAUGAAAUGUCACACGCCCGUCGUGAAGAAGAUGGUUCUGGUGUGGUUGUUUACGAUAGCAAAAAGGGACCUGCAGUAUCAACAGAUGCUUUGACUGCAGAUGCUGUCAAGCUGCUCAAAACACAAGACAGCUCAUACGUGCAAACAUACCUUUCUAAGGAAAAGAAAAAUAUCGAGCGACUUGAAAAGGAGUUGACUUUCCGAAGUUCAGGCAAACAUACUGUUUUUGUGGACUCGGUGGAAGAGGCUGACAAGUUUUCAGCAGCAAAGUAUUUCGACACAGACAAGGCGCUAUUAAACCGCAGAGAAAAUAGAUUACGACGGCGGCAACUGGAGCGUGAGGGAGGAAUUGUAGUGGGCACAAAUUCUGAGGCUGGGCUAGCUGUUGCGACAGCAGAAGCAACCACCUUGGAUAAGAAACGACAAAAGGAACUUAACAAGCAGCGAUUGGCAAAAUAUAAGGAACUUGAGCAGAGAAUGGAACGUGAGUCAGAUCUGACCAAGGUUAAACAGACCAUGGAUCUUCAAAGAGAACUUUUGAAAAAGGGUGCUCGCAGAAAAGUGACUGAUAGAGAUGGAUAUUCCAGAUAUGUUUGGGCCAACGAACGCAAGCGAUAA